CUGAACAUAUGCAGAAUAGCAUAAAACCUUUGAAAUGGAGGCACAGAAGCAGCCCUGUUCCAUUGUUGCGUUAGCAGACCAACCAGCUCACAUCUCGCCUCUUCAGGCAUCCCAGAAUUCAUCAAAUCCUAGUCAGAGCCCUGUACUUCUUCAGCAGGAACAAGCCCUGUCUCAGACUAUAUACCUCAAAGCCCUUACCAUACCGCUGUAUCAUCCUAUCCAGUCAGGAUGCUAUCAGCCAAACAACCAGCUAGCUGCUGGUGGAAGUGGUAUAAACCUAGAGAGUAGUAAUAUGCCUUUAAUCCUAAACCCAGUUCUGCAUUCAGAGAGGACAGAUCAGUCUCAGUCAGUUCCUAAGAAACUGCCAGGACAUACUCUGACAAUAAACAUCAUUAGCAGUUUGCCAGUGUUACCACCCAGCUCUUGUCCAAAUGCACCUGCUGGAAGCCCAGGGAAAUCCAAGAAUGCUGGGAAGUACAUUUGCAAACACUGUGGACGAGACUGCCUGAAGCCAAGUGUCCUUGAGAAACAUAUUCGCUCACACACGGGGGAGAGGCCCUUUCCGUGCACCACCUGCGGCAUUGCUUUUAAGACUCAAAGUAAUCUGUAUAAACAUCGAAGGACCCAAACACAUGUCAACAAUACAAGGUUGCCCUCAGAGUCUGACCAUGGCACUGUGCUGGAGGAGAACAAGAGGGCAGCGGAGAGCUCUGCAGCACAGGGUGCAAAAGCACACGAUAAUGCCUGUGAAAGCCCUGGGACAGGGGUUAGAAAAACCACGUCAGAGACUAACACCACAAUGGACACUAAGAAACUUCCGCCCAGUAUUUCUCUGCCGACACUCAGUGCUUCAUCGCUCACAGUGGAAUGUCAGAGAGUAAAAACAGAUGGUCCCUAUAAUGCAGGGGGAAGUCAGGGUGCUCCUGAAAGAGAGGCAAUGCAAGAUCCCCAAAACUUAUCUUCACCAGUAGUUUCGCCAGGUAGUAGACACCACAGAAGGAAGAUACAGGAACAAAGAUCCCCAACAGCAAAUAAGCACAUUCAAUUGCAAAGGCAGCAAGCAACCUAUUCAGAUAAGCAGUGGGACUGCAAGCCAUCUGACUAUAAGCUGAAGAAGUGUGAGAGCACUGACUCAGGGUAUCUGUCACGCUCGGAUAGUACAGAACAGCAGCUGCUGUCCUCAAGUCCUCUGCAUAGUCUUUAUGAACACAGCACAGAGCUGGAAAACGAAACUGCUUUCAGCAGCCCAAGGGGUGCAGCAGGAAGUGGUGCAAAACUGGAUUCAGCUGAGAAAGCAACAGCUUUGAUGUUAGAGAAAAAGAAGCUGGAAGAGCAUAUCUCAAAACUGAUAUCUCAUAACAAAGCUGUGGUGGAUGAUACCCAAUUAGACAAUGUUAGGCCCAGAAAAACAGUCCUUUCCAAACAGGGGAGCAUUGAUCUGCCAAUGCCUUACACGUAUAAAGACUCCUUCCAUUUUGAUAUCAGAUCUCUUGAUGCAAACAGGAAAAAGAACCUCUCCCUGUGCUCAGCAAAAUCUACCUUUACACCCAUGGAAAAAUCCAAACCCCUGUUUUUUCACUCAGUUCCCACUCAGUUCUCCACAACAAUUGACUGUGUGUCUGUUACACGAAGCAACUCUUUGCCAUUCGUAGACAGCACAAAGAUCGUGCAUGAAAAAGUGAGUAGAUCAAAACCACCAUCUCUCUCAAAGCAGUCCCUAAAUACAAGCGUUUCUAGUUUGUUGCAUAGCAACAAGCUUGCUAUAAGUUCAGUGGAUUUUCCUAACAGCCAUCCUCGAGCACUUGUCAGACAAACAGCAGUGGAUGACUUGCCACUAAGUAAUACAGGUGAUAAUUAUUCCCCCUCCGAGGAUGUACAAGGGGCGAAAAAGCCUGGAGCUGGAGGAGAUGCAGUCAGUGCAAAGUGUAAGAAAUCAAGUCAGAGGAAAUUAAAAAUGUUCUCUCAGGAAAAAUGGCAGAUGUAUGGUGAUGAAACAUUUAAGAAAAUAUACCAAAAAAUGAAGAGCAGUCAGGCUGCCAAGAAGCUGAAGCAAAAGGGAAAUAAAGCUACAGAUGUUACCAGCUUCAUUCCUGAGCCAAAGGGGGCAGUCAGUGGUGAUGGGGCUAUAGAUGGCAGGAGCUCCACAAGCAGGAAUCUUUCCUCCCCUGUGGCCAUUUCUACCCCAAGGAUAAGCGCUGCGCAAUCAGAAACCCAUCCUACCUGUAAUCAUACACUGCAGAGCGUUUCCUCCGAGGAGAGUGGUGCAGGCAGUUUUACAGAACUAAUGGAAACGUCACAUUCAAUCAAAGCUGGCAAGCAGUGUGUAAUAGGCAAUACUUCCCAAGAAUUUAACACCAGCGAGGCACACCGUCCGGGGAAAUAUACAGGGGGUAACAACAUCUUACCAACCCCAAGCACCGGUCAUGAGCUGAGGCAGGCAGCAAGUCAGUUAAGCCCUAAAAUAUUAGAUGAUGAUCAUCUGCAGCUACACAGCAAUGAAUUGGAAGAGCCACAUCCUGUGAGAGACACCAGUGCCCUCGAAGCAGCAUGCGAAACUAAUUCAAACAGAGAUCUGGAAAAUCAUAGUGGAAGAGAAACUGCUCAGCAUGCACAGACACCUUUAAGGGUACAGAGCUGCAACAGUGGUGAAUCCUCCCAGGAGCUCCACGAGUUACCAUCAGAGAGGAAAAAACUGAAAGUUGAUGCAGCGAAGAGCAGAGAAAAUGUGUCUUUAAAAUCCAGCUCUAGCCCUAAUAGUGGAAGUCAUGUCAUAGGUGAAACAGUGAGUUCGAGAGAACAUUAUAGUAUCCCUGACGCUACUUCCCCUACUUCAAUAAAACACUCAGUUAAAGAAAAAGAAUUAAGUGCAAGAAUUAAUGAACCAGUCUACAGAGCUGAAGGCAUGCAAUGUGAGAAAAAAGUCAAACCCCACAGAGAACCCACGGAUAAUGUGAAUUAUCUUAUGCAUUCAGGAGGGGCCUCAACAACCUCCUUCAGUGAAUUUCUGGCACCUGAAUUAAAGGGGAAUAACUGCAUUUCUUUUGCUUUACAUAAGCUGACAAAUACAGGGAUCAAAACAUGUCUUGUUACAACAGGACCACUUCAAAGUGGUCAUGAUGCUGGCAUAUCUUCCAAAAUUCAACACCUGCAGUCUAGUCCAGUAACUCCGCUCCUACAGAAAAAUGCAUUUUCACCAAAGUAUGUCCUUAAAUUGCCACAAGACAAGAGCGCUGCAGACCUGAAAUUUACACUGAGACCAGAGCAGAAGACUGCACCCUAUACUUCUUCGCCAGUCACCUUGACCAAACCUUCUUGCACUGUCGACAGCAGGUCGCUCAGUCCUGAUCCUGGCAAUCUGGUUUUGUCUCCUUUAGCAUUUGAACUGAGGCACCAGGCCAGCAGAGAAGGGCAUAGAUGGAAUGUACAAGCAAACUGGAAGGCACCAAUCUUUUGCUUGCCAACCGAUCCAGAAAGGACAAAUAGCUCAACCAAAGCAGAUGACAGCUUUGAUAACCAAAGCUCUAGGCAGAAAGAAAUUAUGGAAGACACUUGGAGAGGAACAGAGAACAAAGAUAACGUAAGUGAUCAAAGGCAAGUGGAGAAGAUGAUAAGCACAACUACUUGCUCUGCACAGACUUCAGUGACGAAAGUCUGCUUCGCUUCUAUGUAUACAGGUAGCUUUUUCAUAUCUACAGACAUCAAAGGAGAAAAUCGGGUUUUACGUCAUCUUCACUCAGGAAGAAACUCUUUAAUAAUGACAUCAGCAGGCAGAGGGCCAGCUCCUAGCAAGGACAAUGAACUGACCAUCAAGGGAUGGGAUGAAGGCAGUAGCUCUUGCUGCGUCCAUAAAGACACUUCCCCAAAACUUCAGGACAUAGAGCAUUCAGCGUGUUCAAUGGACAACUUCAAUUAUUACUGCCAUUCCUUUGGCACUUUUUACUGCCACACCCUCAGUCAUCAUUCGAAAGAACUCUCUACAGAGCCUCAAAAUAGUUUGACUUGUUACUCAGGAAACACAAGGAUCUCAAACACAAAGGGCUCCUUCCCAUCACUAAAUGCUGAGCCUCGAUUAACUUGGUGUUGUUUAACCAGAAGCCUUCCUUUGCCAGCUGAGCAAAAGGAGAAGGCGGACUCCGCAUACUCUUCCUUACACAUCUGUAAGAAUAAUUCUGGCAACGAAGUCACCUUGUCAAAAUGUGACAUUUCUUUUUUCAGAAUGAAAAAUGUUAGCAAGACUAUGACCUAUGGCUUGACAAACAGGAAUUUAAAAUCUCUGGUUUCCUCCUUUUCACAGGGCCAGCAGAUACAGAAGCAAUCCAGUUCAACAGCUGGCAGUGAUGAUGCAUUAGACCAUAUCUCUGAGCAAAAGAAGAAAGAAAUACUUUGCAGAAGAAGGGAAAAGCUCACAACAAACAAAUCCAAGAGGAGCCAUAAACGAAAAAAAAUGAAAAUCAACCAAAAAUGGUACAAAGGCAGCCAAAGGCAUGAAUAUGUUCAGCUGAAGCCUAGCAGGCUAAGCAAGGAACACCGGCUUCCAAACAGGUCACUGGAUCCUGUGAAAAUGCACCACCUGGCACAAACAUAUGCUAGCCUCGAUCAGUCUGAGAAACACCUGUCUCCUGCAUCACACUUCCAAGAUGAUUAUCUACAUGUGCCGGAGGACCCAUUUUCUCCCCGCUCAGAGCAGCCAGUUUCCAAAAGGAAUAACCGUAAGAAAGAAGACAGGAAUAACUCAGGAAUAUUUUCGCCUACUGGGGAUUCAAGCGUCAUCAGGCAAAGUGACAAAGUGGAUCAAAAAGAUGCUUCUAGGCUAAUUAAAGGGCACUCAAGAGUAAAUCUCUCUCUUCAGAAGACCAGUGCAACUCUGGGGCCACCUGUGGCACGACACACCUGCUCAUCGACUCCAAACACAGCCAUGCAGCAAGCCAACGACUUGAACAUUUGCUGCUUAGUGACUCAACCUCUCAUGCUUCAGCAAUCAGCUCCAGCGCAGUCACAGUCAAAUGCUAUUUCUGACCCAGUGGGGUCCUCCUUUUGGUCUUUUCCUUUUGACUUUAUAGGUACAGGGAAAUGCCAUCAGCAUGACAUUGUGGGCUCAGAGGUUACCAGUCCUGUUUUCUUAUGGUCACAAGCAGAUCAGAAAAAUAUACUUAAUGGAGAGUCACAAGCUCAAAGAUUUGCUCCAUUAGACCUAUUGGUCCAGAGCUCUGAAAAGGGGGAACAUUUGGUAGAAGAAAAUGAAUAUGCAUCUCCAAAAGAGAAACUUACUCCCAGUUCCAAAACCACGUGUUCAGCUUUGUUGGGAUCAAACAAGCCUUGUGAGACAAUCACAAGAACUACUUUGCCUAGUAUAGUACCUACACAGGGCACAAACUCUUCUCAUAGCAGCCCUAAUAAAUGUCCAGACAAGAGUCAAGCCUACCUGCAACCAGAUGAUCACCAUGACGUUGAGACUAGUGCUUUAAAGGAGCCCUCAUUUCCCUUCAGUACCACAGAGGCCACUACUACCUCUGCAGCACCUUCCAAGGCAUACAAAAAGAGAAGUUUAGAGAUGAUGAGGAAGCAAACCAGAGUUGAAUAUGAUGACACAAGCAGUGAUGAUGAAGACAGGCUAGUUAUAGAAAUAUAGCAAGAUAAGUUUCUGUGGUAUAUAGUGGAUGCCUGUAUAAUGGGUACAUUAGGGAGGGAAAUGAAGUUUGCACAUAAUCUAUCUGCCUUUCUGAAGCACCUUAAAAUUAGAAAAGCCAUUCCUGCACAUAAUAGGCAUAAUUCUCUCCUAAACACAGUUCUUCUUUACAAGGACUCAGGCUCUUUUAUACAUUUUAAUUAUUUUGUAAGGAGCAAAGAGGCAGUUCAAUUACAUAUUUAAAUGCACAAGGAAAAUGUACUGUACCUUGGCUCUCAACUAGAUCAAUCCUCCUUAUAAAUCCCACAUAAUAUCUGCAGCUCCUAGCUGCCACUGAGUAUUAUAAAGACACUGCCGUGUAUUUAUUUACUAACAGGGAUACAACAGCAACCACCUUCUUUAACAUGUAAGCUGAGAAUUUACUGGAAAAGACAUGGGGAUAUAUUUUCAUCCCAGUGCUCCUCUCUUCAGUAAUCAUUUCCACCUUUACUGGGCUUUAUAGACAUACUAGAGAGGAAGACAUAUUCCCCAAAUGCCUAUGUUACUGGGAGAGGCCAGACAAAUACUGCUGUUUUUCCAUGCCGCACAAAUGGUAAAUGCUUCUUUGUGAUAAAAUGACACAAGCAUGCACUGUUUUGUGUUUUGUGCCUUUUCUGCUGAGAUCUACUCAACUGUUUUAUUCUUCUGCUCUACUUGGAAAAACUGGGUUUUAAUAAUUAUUGUUUCUUUGUAAUAAGGUUUUUAACCCAGAGAUUUUCUCUGACUCUGUUUAAGUAAUUUUUAUGAUGCAUAAUCUGAUAGAAUUAUUCCUUUUAACCUACUCUGAAGUUUAACUUAAUUGAAAACAGGUGACUUUUCUCAAAAAACUCUGAUCAUGUAAAAUUGGUGAAAACUGACAUGGCAUCUAUUUUAGGGAGGUUUUGACACCAACCUGUUUUCAUGCCUGCCAUGUAAAGCAACUCAUGUUGUAAAACCCAACCCAAUAUUCACUGGAUUCCACUUACACAAUCAGUUAAAACAGCAUUUGACCAAACUUAUACACUUAUACAGCAUAGUUUAAACUGACAGAGAAACUUUGAAACCAGUGCACUGUUAUACUACAGUGAGAUUUUAUACUUCACUUUGCUAUGACUUUUGUAUGAUUUUGAAUCUUAUAUACAGGGUCUUAUGGAUUAACUUACAUGUGAUAUUCAUAAUUACUUGUAUUUAGAGUAAUCACACACAGGUUAGCUGAUAUAGGUCCUAGUCAUAUUUUGGCCUAGUGUACUAUGUGCGUAUGUCAAAGAAAUAAAUGCACAUUGUGAGAAGUGAAUAGAAGUGCCAGAAUGCCAGUCCUUCUGUUGACAUGUGUAAAUGGGACCAAUUGCUAAGCUCUAAGCUGUCCCUUUACAUUAAUUUGCAUAACACAAGUGAUCAUAGUUGCAGUUCUCCAUGCAGAAAGCUUUUUAUAUUUAGCAUCAAAUUAUGCUUGUGUAAAUGUUUAAUGUUAGGGAAGCAGAUAUCAUGAUCAGAGUGUUACACUAACUUCUAAUUUAUUCAUACUAGUGUGGACAAAGAUUGGAGUUAGCUGGAUUUUUUUCCUACUUCAGGAUAUAGAUAAGGAAUAAUUCAUAAACUGUAUAUUUCUCCCUUAUAAAUAUAUCAAAGUAUUCUUGUCCAAAACCAUAGAGCUUUCAGUAGUGUUACUGUACAGCUUUGGAUCUUGAUUAUGUUGAAGAAUACUGGAAUACUGGUUUAAUGAGGUUCAUACUUGUGAUCUCCCUUUUCUACUUCUGUGAAUCCCUGGGUCCCAGUUUUGGUCUCACUUAUUAGAUUUUGGUUUCAUAACUUUGGUGUAAAUGCCACAAUCUUUAUUCCUGAUUCAUAGGAGUGUGAGUAAAAUCAGAAUUAAGCCCAUUAAGCUUUCAGGUCAGUGACCCUGUGAGUACUGGAGCUCACAACUGUCAUUACAAUUUAUGACAAUUUUUUGUUAAUGUCAUUGGGAUUUCUGUGUCUAGAACAUUGGCAGGAUAUGGCAAAAUAGUGACUUAUGCUGAGAAGCUUUAUGCAACAGAACAAAAAAUGUGGAUAUGUAGUUUCUGUUUUAGGAGGCUAAGAAGAAUCAAAGGCAUCAACAUUGAUGGAUGGCAAUGCCCUAAAAAUGACAUAUUUUUGUUGAAUAAGCAAAUUUAUAAUACUUAAAUACUGUUUUAUUGAAUGUUGAUAAGACUGAUGCAAUUGACUUAUUUGUGCAUUAUUAGAUUGUUCUCUUCUUUAUAUUGCUAAAUUAUUUUGUUUUGAUAAAAAUAAACCUUGAAGGUCACAAUGACAGUCAGAUUUUGCCCAUUAUUAAGGACUGGUUUCCAAAAAUGCAAAUAUGCUAUGGGGUGCAGG